AUGAAUCGCCAAAGACCUCGGCUUAAGAAUGGGGUCGAUCUCCAGCUCCAGUCGGCCUUUCAAGACGGCAACUGGCCCGUUGUGAUCCGCCUGGCUGAGAAGCGAGCCAAGACGCUCAACGACCAGUAUUAUGAGGCCGUCAAAAUCUGCGCUGAGAGCCAGCUGGAUGAUCCCGCCGCCAAGUUCGCUGCGGUUGCUGCCGUCUGGAAAUUUGUCAAGGAGGGAAGCACUGUCAAAGACGUAGAUGCUAUUGACUUGUUGGAAUGGGCCACGACGAAUCUGCUGGAUCAGGACGAUUUUGCCGAGACGCUGGGUCCGUUGAGAGUGCGCGCUGUCAAGGCUGCCCCGAAGGACAAGUUUGCCGCAACUCGAUGUCUCGAAUCAUGCUUGCUUCAUUGGGACCUGGCCAGCGCUCAACAGAUUGCGGCCAUCAUCGACCGCUCUUUUCCACAGGACAGGGACUUGCUGUUCUGGAACAUUGUAGUCACGCACCUUCUCUCUAUGAGUCCUCAAGCCUCACCCGAUAAGAAGAAAUUGUACGGUACAUUGGCCCAAAAACAGAUUGAGCGAGCUGCCCAAGUCACAGAACAGGCUGAAGCAAACUCAAGCGAGGCAGCGGCCAAGCCUACCCCAAGACGUGUCAAGACCGAAGAAGAGACUCUUUUGCUCUACGACAUUGUCGAGACACAUGGAACCCCUCAAGACUUCCUCAAGCUCAUCUCCAGUCCUGUAUUUUCUCCGGCCGCGCAAUUUCGCCAAGGCCGAAAAGAGGUGGCCCUGCGCGCAAUUGUCAAGUUAAGACGAGAUGGCGACUGGCUUGCUGUGUUCAACCUUUGCAAGGAUUGUCUCGAAGAUUGCGAUGCUGAUGGACAAUUGACUUUGCUCGCAUCUGACAUUGCUGUGUGGCGGCAUAUAAUUGAUGCUGCAGGCCAUAUUAAAGAUGCCGACCCAGAAUCUACAAGUGUUGUUCAGAAACUACUUGCAAAAUUAUUAUCGUCUGAGCACAUGCGACCUAUGUACAGACGCAACAUCCUACUGGCAAGAGUCUUGGCAGUAUUCAACCUUGGCCCUAGUGAGGAAAGUGACUUGCUGGACGGCCGUCCCUCGUCACUACGACUUCGAGAGCUGAUUCACUACCUUGAUGAUCAGUAUACUAGCCCUGCUUGUUUCAAUGAUGUCAAGACAUUGAUGGAAAGUCUAGAUGCGAACGAGGCCAAGAUCAACAACUUCAAUGUACCGUUUGUGAAGCCACGCCUCAACUUGGCUUUCGAUGGCCCUGCACAGACUGGUCAGCCACUGGAAUCAAAGGCAGCACGUCAUCUCAUUCGCGCUGCUCUUUUACUGGAUGACCAGCUCGCACAGAAUCCAGGUCACAGUCAGCUAUCUCUCCUUUUGACACAACUACACAUACGUCUUGGUUCAGCCUACAGGGCCGCCGAUGUUUGGGAUGUCAUUGGCGUCAAGCGUACCAUUAUCGAUUCUCUCGGGCCCUUUUUCUAUGAUCGCCUAUCAACAAUUGCUCCUGCGCUCUUAUCGUCUUAUGAUAGUUGGGGAAGCCAUCUCAUGGACCUUUUGCAAUCUCACUAUCAGAUAUCAUUGAAACUCAGGAUGCCUCGGCGCUUGGUUGAUGCAUUUGAAUCAGGAAGCUACAGCAGCGUGAUGGGAAUACCAAAGUAUAUUGAUCGCCUUCGGAUGAGUUGUACACGGGCAAUGAGCCUAGCAGAGGCGAGAAGGAUCGAAAGGCUCUUGGGACAAACAUCACACGAGUUGGAUUCAGAUCCGCGAUUCAAUGAGGUGGAUGAUGAAUCACAUCUCAUUCAGACAAUUGACUAUGGGUCAUUUCCAUCCUGGAACAGCAGUACAAUCCAGCCGAUGCAUCUUAAUCUCAGGCUUGGACCAGCCCCAUCAAAUCGCCGGUGCCACUUGUCUCUUUUAUCCGAAUCAUUCCAUGAACUGCUGGCCUAUAAACCUCCCGCUAGCUAUAAGUCAUCGGCCGGGAGCUUGGAAUAUGAUCACAUUUACGUGAUCGAGACAUUGGCACGCCUCAGUAACUCUUUCCCGAAGUUCUUGGCCGGUCCGGAUGACGAAACGACUCGAUCUGAACUUUUGUACUUUGAGGCCGUCAGUCUCAUCUGUACCUUGAUGUCUCUAUGUGUCGAUUUUGAUCGAUCUUCUGAUAGCUCCGACGCUUUGAUUCAUAUCAUCAAUGCAUUGAAGCUGGUCCUAACGAACCAGCGAAAUCAGAUACUGCACGAUAAAGAAUCUUCAAUAGAUCGUACGAUUACAAUGCUUGGCUCGAUGCACAACAUCACGAUGCUUCGAGACACAACGGCAGCGAUUAAGUUAGGUUCUCAAUGGAUCCUGAACAACAAUGAGAAGGAAAAGGCGCGAGAUAGGUCGGGGAAGAGCGGCCUUCCCAAGGACUUGGCUUCUCAAUUCAAAGAGUUGCAGACAACCGCCGAAGCAAGCAUCAAGGAAGGCCAGGGCUGGAUCUCAGAGCUCAAGACGGAAGUCAUGUCAAGGGAUUUCGAGCCUAAGCUGAAGAGAUGGCUUUUGGAUGGUGAGCACGAGAUCAAAAGCAUUCUCAGUAUGGACUCGCUGCCGGCGCUGAUCGAUAGCUGGCAGUCAAAUGUCAAGGGAUGGCAGCAGGUGAAAUGGGCGUAG